AUGCGAACACUGGAAUGGGACAACAUAGGGAUGAAAAUCGAUGGUCGGCAAUUACAUCAUACUCGCUUUGCUGAUGACAUCGUCCUUGUAAUACCAAGUAUUAGCCAAGCGGAACGAAUGCUCGCCGACUUUGAUAAAGCCUGUGGAAAGCUCACAAAAACGAUGUUCAUGAGGAACGGUUUGGUUUCGCAUGCCCCAUUGUCGCUCAACAGAACGAAUAUCUCCGAAUGCUCUAGUUAUGUCUAUCUAGGUCGAGAAAUCAACAUGUUGAACGACUUAGCUCCAGAGUUGAGCAGAAGAAAACAAGUGGCUUGGGGAGCUUUCAAGAGAAUUAAGGAUGUAGUGAACAGAACAAGGAACACCCGACUCCGUGCCCACUUUUUCGACUCAACGGUACUUCCUGCCCUAACGUAUGCGUGA